CAAGACAGUAGGGGGUUUCCAAAGACGCAGCCAGGAGUCAAUUGAUCAUUGGAAGUCAGCCAUUAGUAGGCGAGGAAAGAGUUGCCAUUGAGAGAGACGUGAAGCCUACAAUCCAGAAGAAGGCGUCUAAUUUAACCGUUUGUUUUUCAUUUGAUUGGGUAGUAAUAAGGUCAUAAUACUUAUCAGCAGAUGGAAAGCUAAACCCAACAUCGAACUGCAUAAUCAACAAAGAAUUUAAUUUUUUUGAGAAACAAUGUUUGAGUUCCUUUUGUUCCUACGGUCAUUAUUUCAAGUAAUCUCGGAUUACAUUUACAAUCACCAUAUCAGUAAACUAAGGAAAUAUUAUGAAAAGUUGUCAUUCAACAUCACAAAGAACCAACGGGCUUUCAUCAUAUGGCCUGUUUCAAUUGCCUUCAUACUCUCAUACCCUGCUAUAUAUUCACUAUACACUUCACCUGACUCAUUAGAGAAUUCAUACAUCACAGAUUUACAAAACAUAGGGAUCGGAAUCCAAUCCACAAGCUUCCAGGAUCCUGAAUCAAUAGAUUCAAAUGCACUACUGCUGAAACAACUUUGGAUUGCACCUAGUAACCUAAAGGCUUUCCAGAAUGGGUACGAUAUUGAUAGCGGUGCUUUAGAUAAAGGAUUUCUUGUUGAUGCUUUAAAACUACAAACUGAGUUAUUAGACGGUAUCAACCAAAGUGAAGAUUCAUUUGCAUUUGUCCAUACACCGUUCCAGUACUGGGACAAUGAUUUAGAGAGGCUCAAGUCAGAUAAGUUCCCAUUGAGAGUUCUACAGAAAAAUUCAGCAAAAACGAAUUCUUCUGGUGUUAGUUUAUCUCAUAAUGGGUUAUUCUCGGGGAUUGUUAAAAUUAAUGGUCUAAUCAAAUCUGCUCAAGCUAUAAGGAUUUUGAUAUUUUACAAGAGUGGGAAACAGAAUAAUCUGGAUGCUGGUAAGAUAUGGGAUUCAAACUUAAAAUUAAUAAAAGAAAGUAAUACAAAUUCAAAGUUUUUUUUAUCUGAAGUUGGCCAAGAUGAUCAUAAUGUCAAAACAUUUUUGUUAAAGUUGACAAAGAUGAACUCAAUAGAUCAUUUCAUUUUAACAACUUCUUAUGUUUUGAUUGCUCUUUAUUUUGUGAUAUCACUAUCAAACUUAAGAUCGGUGAGGUCUAGAAUUGGGUUGUUAUUUGCAUUUAUUGUUGAGCUAACCCUGGCAGUUUUGUCCUCUGCAACACUUACAACUUACUUUUUCCAAGGUGUUGACUUUUAUCAAAUUCCUUUACAAUUCUUACCAUUCGUUGUUGUCGUGGUUGGGAUUGAGAACAUGUUUAGACUGGUGACUCUUUUAUCAGAGACACCAGGAGAAUUGUCCAUAUCUUCAAGAAUGUCAAAGGCACUAUCGGGGUCUGGUAUCACUUCAACUUUAAUUGUUUUUUGUGAUCUUGUUAUAUUGAGUCUCAUUUAUCCCAUUGUUGUUCCAAAUACAAAACAAUUUUGUAUCUUUGCUUCAUUUGCUUUGAUUAUUGACCAUAUACUUCAUCUCACCUAUUUUGCUGCUGUGUUGAGUAUUGAUGUCCACCGCUUGGAGCUACAUGAUCUAUUAAAUAAUGAUUCUCAUUUCAAAGUCACAGAAAAGAAGAGAUGGUACUAUUCAUUAUUUGAUACCAAAAGGCGCACAAGUUUGGUGGAUUCCUUGUCAGAGAACGAAGACCAGAUUACAGUUUCCUCAGUUGCUAAUAGCUUGAAGAACUUCAUUUUAAAGAUCAAGUUACCAUUCUCAACAACAGUCACUGGUACCUUAGUCAUGAUCAUGUUUUUAAUUGGAACCAAUAUCAGAUGGACAGACGAUAGCUUAAAGUUACCUCUUGUUGGUAAACCAAAGCAAGAUUUCGGCUUAUCUACUUCACCACAAGAAUUUUCCACUCAUAUUCAAACUUAUACUGAGACUCAAUAUGAUCUUGUUUGCUUUUUGGAUAAGAAAAGUUUCAGUACUGAAAUCUUCAAGCUCUUAGAGAAUGUCAAUCAGCAAGACUUUUCAAAUGUUUUCAUAGCUGUUUAUAAUCCAGUUGUUGCUUUGUAUGGUGAAGGUGAUAAGGUCAAAACAAUGUCAGAAAUUUCUUUCAAUUUGAAUACUACAUACAAGUUUGAUCUCUAUUACAUACUAGAGUUCCUAACCUCAUUGGCUUUCAUAUUAUCAAUCGCGCUGGUGAUUUUGAGAUCGCUUGCUCCAGACUCUAUUAAUGAUACUGGAGAUGAAUUAAAGAAGCAAGUCAUUGAGGAAGAUCAUACAUUUCAGUCAAAAGUUUUAAGUGGUGGCCAUUUCCUUGAUAUUAUAAAAAUCACAACUUCACGUUCACCAUUUAUCGUUUCUGUUGGGCUGGACCAUAAAGUCCUUGUUUGGUCUCCAGUGUCACAACCCAUGCCAAUUCCAUCUCAACUACCUAUUUCAUCAAAUAUAUGGCCAAUCACACAUGUUGUACUGAGUGAUCAUGGCAACUACAUUUCAGUGUUUUCAAAGACUGGUGCUAUUCAGUGCUACUCAAGAUUGACAAUGACCUGGGUUUGGAAGAUAGAAAUUGAAGAAUUGAAAAACAAUCAACCACUUGAGGCCUUCUUUAGACAUAAAACUAUUCCAGCUUUUUUACAAAGAAAAAUGGCUGCAGAUCUAUUGCAGCAAGCCAGAUCAACACCAAGCUCCAGACGAAACAGUAUGAGGUCGAUUGCAUCUCCAAAAUUGGGCCCAACAAUGGCAUUUGCUAAUAAUGCUGGUGUUAAUAAAGAUUUAGAGGAAUUAGUAAUUGUUUUGAAAAGCGGACAGGUUGCUGUGGUGUCAUGUGAAGAUGGUUCAAUUAAAAAGGAGAAGUUGAGUGCCGCACCUUUGGUUUCAAGUGGUAAGUUGGUCACACCAAGAGUUAAUGAUAGAUUGGUUUCGUGCACUGAAGAUGGGAAACUUUUAUUGUCCACUGCUGUUAACAACAAAUGGAAAACUAGAAUUGUUAGAGUUGACGAGGAGAAAUUUAAUAACCCAAAUAUUACUUUAUCUGGAUCACAUACUCUACCAUAUAUCAAAGAGGAAGAAACACCUGAGCAAAGUGCCAAACUGAACUUGGAGUUCAGAAAGUCUAGUAUUGCUAUUGUUCCUUUUGUGGGGUUUAUUGUCAGAACUCAUGGUUGUUGCGCUGAGAUUAUUGAUGUCCAAACUGGAAUUUUAAUCAAAAGGUUUAAGAUUCGUCAAUUCAAGAAGAAUACCCUAAGAGUAUUUCAUGACCAACCUACACAUUGUCGAUUCUGUGGUUCUGUAUCAAUUUCAUCAUUCACUGUUGUAUACACUACAGAAAAUAACAGUGUUGUGAUGCACACUUUUAAUGUUGACCAUAGGGCAAAAACCAGUAUUUGCCUUCGUGUGGAAAGAGAUCCAAGAGAAAUCAGAUGUGUUGGGUUUAAUUCUGUUACAGAACAUCAACAUGAGUUAGGUAAUGCUGAAGGUUGGACAACCACAGACAAGAACCAAAUUGUCGGAAUAAGGCGGAAGACCGAAGAAGAGGUUAAAGAAUCACUUAAUGAAACUAGAACAUCAACUUUAAGAAAGAGACGUGCUCAACAUCAUCAGCAUCAUAGCGACGAGAACGCUCCAAGACUACAUGACUUAUGGGAAGGUUGGGCUAUGAGUGCCGAUGGAAAAGUCGACUACUACGAUAUUCCAGAUGUUGGUAAUGCAGGCGGGUUGUUGGUUAAUAGUAUUGGUCAAAUAAACAGGUUUGGUCACAAAUCAAUUGUCGUUGCAUUUGGUAAUAUCAUGCAGGUGUUAUAUUUGGGUAAUGAUGACUUGAUCUACAAUGAUGAAGACAAAGGGGCAACUAAUGAAAUCAGUGGUCUGUCGUUUGUCAAUAAAAGAAGAAAGAACCUGAAGAGAACCGAUAUGACUUCUACAAACUUUAGUGAGGUUGAUGCUAUUCCUGGGAUUUCAGAAUUAAGCUUAUGAUGGGAAUUUGGCCUUCAUAACGGUGAAGAUGGCUCAACUGUGCAUCAUAACUAACGUCAUUAAUGAUACUUAAUAAACAUAUACUUUAUAUGAUAUCCCUUUAUAGAUCAUACUUUCUAUUAAUUAACUACUUUUUUACGACGUCGUCUGCGAGCUCUCGGUGAAUUAUAUUAUCACUGGGCAAUUACGCAAGUUGCAUAUACGUAUAGUUAUAAGACCAUCCACUGCACGCGAGAAUCUGCUUAGAACAUCAACAGUGCUCGAUUGUAACCACUGAAAUCGAAAGAACCUUCAAAAAAAGACUCAGGCGCCAUUUUGACAUAGAAACAUUACAAAAAAAUGGUACGGGC